AUGAUUGCUUCUUCAUUUCUUCCCUCCCGCUUUCGCGGUGAGCAGCCAAACGAUGCACCAAUCCCACCAUCCAAGAUAAACCAGAGAGUCACACCGAUCCUCCAGUUUUUCUCUAAGAUUGCUUGCCUGCACCCGAUCCAUACCAUCGUCAUCGUUUCUUUAAUAGCUAGCACCACCUACGUUGGCGUCGUCAAGGAGAGCCUCUUAGAUGUGACUGGAAGUGCGAGGACGGCUGAUUGGCCCUCAUUAGUCGAAGGCAGCAGAAGCUUGCAGGCCGGCCCCGAAACCUCGUGGCGGUGGCAGAGCUUCGAUUCCGAUUCAACUAUCCCAAAGGAUGCCGACCACUUGGCCCUUGUUACGUUGGUCUUUCCGGAGUCGUCUGCGGAUGCGCCUCAGACUGCGCCGUUGCCUCAUAUCGUCCCUCUCCCACAGAACCUGAGCAUCUCGCAUCUGCCAUCUACCUCGAACCCCCUAAGUGCCUAUUCUCAGGACAGUGCUUUGGCAUUCGCCGUCAAGUAUAGCGAGGCCGCGGAGUUCCUCGCAGCAGCACAAGAGAUCCCCAACGAUGUUCCUGGUCAAGAAUCGCGCGAAACCGAGUUAGGCAAGGAGGAGCAGAAGAUGUGGAUAAUGAAAGUCGCCAAGGGUUACACCAGAGGAAGUGUGGUACGAUGGAUUCACAAUGCUUGGACAGAGUUUCUCGACCUGAUAAAGAACGCCGAGACGCUGGAUAUCAUCAUCAUGGUCCUGGGAUAUCUUUCUAUGCACCUAACUUUCGUAUCGCUGUUCCUAUCCAUGAGAAAGAUGGGGUCGAACGUCUGGCUAGCUAUCAGUGUACUUUUCUCAUCGACUUUCGCCUUCUUGUUUGGUCUCAACGUUACCACCAAGCUCGGCGUUCCGGUCAGCAUGGUCUUACUAUCUGAAGGGUUGCCGUUCCUAGUUGUUACUAUCGGGUUCGAGAAGAAUAUCGCGCUAACCCGGGCUGUUUUGUCCCACGCGCUGGAGCACCGUAGACCCGAACAGAAGCAGACCAAUGGUGGUAAAUCAGCCAAGUUCUUGACUCCCUCGGAUGGUAUUAUUCACUCCGCCGUACAGCGCGCAAUCAAGGAUAAGGGUUAUGAGAUUGUCCGUGACUAUGUCAUAGAGAUUCUGAUUCUCGUUGCCGGAGCCGCCUCGGGCGUGCAAGGCGGUCUCCAACAGUUCUGCUUCUUAGCUGCCUGGAUACUCUUCUUCGACUGCAUCCUGCUCUUCACCUUUUAUACCGCUAUUCUGUGCAUCAAACUCGAAGUAAACCGCAUCAAGCGCCAUGUGGAGCUACGGCGGGCCUUGGAGGACGACGGUAUCAGUCGCCGUGUUGCUGAGAAUGUUGCCAAGAGUAAUGACUGGCCUAGAAGGGACGCCAAGGGCCAGGCUGAUGUGCCUCUCUUCGGUAGUGAUCUCAGGAGCAACAGCGUCCCGAAGUUUAAGUUCUGGAUGGUUAUGGGCUUUAUUGCCAUCAAUGUCGCCAACCUCUGCACGAUUCCCUUCAGGACAUCGGAUAUUUCUAACAUCUCUUCGUGGGCUACAGGCUUGGGAGGUGUCGUUAGCUCACCCCCUCUCGAUCCCUUCAAAGUUGCGUCUAACGGGCUUGACGAUAUACUUUACAACGCGAAGAAUCACUCUAAGCCGACUAUAGUUUCUGUCCUGACUCCCAUCAAGUACGAAUUGGAAUUUCCUUCCAUCCACUACGCUGAGGCACCUCUGCCUACGUACAACGGGCACCAUGGUAAACGGGACAGCUAUCCUCAACUCAACGGCUACGGAGUAGGCGGACGCAUGGUUGGUAGCCUUCUUACUAGUCUAGAAGAUCCGAUCCUAUCAAAGUGGAUCGUGAUCGCUCUAGCCAUGAGUGUUGCGCUUAAUGGUUAUCUAUUCAACGUAGCCAGAUGGGGUAUCAGGGAUCCGAAUCUACCGGACCAUCCUAUAGACCCGAAGGAGCUCGCAGAUGCCGAGCGAUUCAACGAUACCCAGUCUGCAACGCUACCCCUUGGUGAGAUCCUACCGAAGCAGUCGCAGCCAAUGCCUGACAGGCCUAUAACUCCCGCCUAUACCGAUGAUGAGAGUGUUAGCCAGCCUCCCCCAGCUAGCCAGUUAUCGUCACUAGCGGCACAGAGGACACAGAGCGAGCUAGACAGGAUGUUAUCCGAGAAAAGGGCACAUGAAUUAACUGACGAGGAGAUUGUUGCCGUAUCGCUGAAAGGCAAGAUCCCUGGUUAUGCAUUGGAGAAGACCCUCAAGGAUUGUACGCGGGCUGUGAAAGUUCGUCGAAGUAUCAUCGCGAGGACCCGAGCGACGGCAGACCUUACUAGCUUAUUGGACCAGUCUAAGUUGCCAUACGAGAACUACAACUGGGAACAAGUGCUUGGUGCCUGCUGUGAGAACGUUAUUGGUUAUAUGCCCAUUCCUGUCGGUGUAGCCGGACCGCUCGUCAUCGACGGCAAAAGCUACUUUAUUCCCAUGGCAACUACUGAAGGUGUGCUCGUCGCUAGCACGAGCCGUGGCUGCAAGGCUAUCAACUCCGGCGGAGGUGCUGUUACGGUUCUGACAAGCGACGGAAUGACUCGUGGACCAUGUGUGCAAUUCGAGACUCUCGAGCGCGCCGGCGCUGCAAAGCUCUGGAUCGAUUCCGAGGUAGGCCAGGCUGUGAUGAAGAAGGCGUUCGACUCAACUUCGAGAUUUGCUCGAUUGCAAACAAUGAAGACGGCUCUUGCUGGAACCAAUCUCUUCAUCCGGUUCAAGACGACGACUGGCGACGCCAUGGGGAUGAACAUGAUCUCCAAGGGUGUUGAGCACGCGUUGAAUGUCAUGGCUACCGAGGGUGGGUUCAGCGAUAUGUCUAUCGUGUCGCUAUCUGGAAACUACUGUAUCGACAAGAAGGCUUCUGCAAUUAACUGGAUCGAUGGUCGGGGUAAGGGUAUAGUCGCCGAAGCCAUCAUCCCAGACGAUGUAGUCAAGGCGGUGCUGAAGAGCGACGUGGAUAGCCUCGUCGAGCUUAACAUUGCAAAGAACUUUAUCGGGUCUGCUAUGGCUGGUGCGAUGGGCGGUUUCAAUGCUCACGCAGCCAACAUUGUUGCGGCCGUUUUCAUCGCUACCGGACAGGACCCAGCGCAAGUCAUCGAAAGUUCGAAUUGUAUCACCAUCAUGAAAAACCUACGUGGGUCUCUUCAAAUCUCUGUGUCUAUGCCAUCGAUCGAAGUUGGUACGCUCGGUGGCGGUACUAUCUUGGAGCCCCAGAGUGCUAUGCUUGACAUGCUUGGUGUUAGGGGACCUCACCCGACAAACCCCGGAGACAAUGCGGCUCGUCUUGCUCGUAUAGUUGGCGCGGCAGUCCUUGCGGGUGAGCUCUCCCUUUGCAGCGCUCUUGCUGCUGGCCACCUAGUCAAGGCGCACAUGGCGCACAACCGUUCGGCUCCCCCAACCCGGAGUACUACGCCGGCCCCAGUUGCCAGUGGCGCAAUGACACCCGUUGGAUUAACUAUGACAAGCUCGAGGAGUUCUGCUGCUCUUGAUCGGGCUGCGGUAUCGAGACGUUAA